AUGCCUCACAUACCGUCCGUUACCGAAGGGCGCGCCAGCUCCGACGGCACGCUCAACCAGGAUCGCGACACUGUCCUCGACGAAAAGGACGCCCAUCACCAUGCCUCCGGGGACGAAAAGGUCGGCUCCGAGGCUUCAGGCACCGUCGCCUCACCGGCGUCCGUCGACGGCACCGUCACCACGGCCGCCGAUCCGCCUGCGCCGGACAAGCAAACCUCCCCAGCUGCACCGGCAGAACCCGAGGCUCAGCGCACGAAAGCGGAAACCACGAUUGUGAUGCUCGCCCUCGCCAUCAGCCUGUUCCUCGCCGCCCUGGACAUGACCAUCAUCACCACGGCCGUACCGACCAUUUCUUCUGAGCUCAAGUCCAGCGCCGGCUACGUGUGGAUCGGUAGUUCCUACCUCUUGGGCAACGCCGCCUUCGUCCCCAUGUGGGGCAAGGUCUCGGAUAUCUUUGGCCGCAAGACGAUUCUCAUCUGCGCUGCCGUCGUCUUCCUUGUUGGCUCCGCAAUCUGCGGUGCCAGCGUCAACAUGGGCAUGCUCAUCGCUGCCCGUGCCAUCCAGGGCGUUGGUGCGGGUGGCUUGAUAUCGCUUCCCAACAUUGCCGUUUCCGAUCUGUUCUCGCAGCGACGCCGUGCCAAAUACCUGGGCCUGCUUGGAGCUGUCUGGGCCAUUGCCUCUGCCGUCGGCCCGCUUCUGGGCGGCGCUUUCACGUCCAGGGUCUCCUGGCGAUGGUGCUUCUACAUCAACCUCCCCGUUGGCGGUGUCGCCCUCGCCGUCAUCAUCUUCGUCCUCAAGCUGCACAACCCGCGGACCCCCUUGGUCCAGGGCCUCCGGGCCAUCGACUGGAUCGGCAGCUUGCUCAUCGUCGGUGGCACGCUGAUGCUCCUCCUCGGUCUCGAGUUCGGCGGCAACACGCACCCGUGGGCCUCGGCAACCGUCAUCUGCCUCAUCGUCUUCGGCGCCGUCACCAUCGGCCUCUUUGCCGUGUACGAGGGCCGAAUCGCAAAGUACCCGCUCAUGCCACCUUCUCUCUUCCAACAUCGCUCCAGCAUUGCGGCAUACUGCGUGUCUUUUAUGCACGCCUUCACCUUCAUGGGUGGCAGCUACUGGCUGCCCCUCUACUUCCAGUCGGUUCUUGCAGCCAAUUCUCUGCUCUCCGGCGUCUAUCUGCUGCCGUUUGUCUUGUCGCUAUCGAUUACUUCUGCGCUCAUUGGCAUAGUUAUCAAGCGAACGGGCAAUUACAAGAUUCCCAUUCAGGCAGGGUUGUUGAUUAUGACACUGGGGUUCGGCCUCUUCAUCGACCUCGGAUCGGACAAGAACUGGGCCAAGAUCAUCAUCUUCCAGAUCAUCGCCGGCUGCGGCGUCGGCCCGAACUUUCAAUCGCCAUUGCUGGCCAUCCAGAGGAGCGUUGAGCCUCGUGAGAUCGCCGUCGCGACAUCGUCCUUCGGCUUCACCCGUCAGAUUGGCACCUCCAUCUCGGUCGUCGUGGGCGGCGCCAUCUUCAACAACAGAAUGAGGCAGCAGCACCAGUCGCUGGUGCCUGUGGUUGGCCAGCGGCUCGCUGAUCUCUUUGGCUCUCAAAGCGCCGCAGGAAGCGUCGACAUUGUUCGGUCUCUGCCCGACGCGUUGAAGACGCCGGUCGAGGAGGCGUACUGGAACGCCAUCAAGUACAUGUAUGUGCUUUACUGCUGCACCGCAUUCAUUGGACUCUUGAUCAGCUUCGGCAUCAAGCAGAAGGCGCUGAGCCAGACGCACACGGAGCACAAGACGGGACUGGAGUCUCUGAAGCGCCGGAACGAGGACCAGGCGCCGCCUGCCGACGAGGAGAAGAAGGUUGGCAACUAA